AUGCCCGUCGGAUGGCAAGUUGAGAAUCAGUACUCAGUGGCGCUAUCAACUGCGGAAUCCAAGUUCGUGGCAGCAGAUUUUGGUGCGAAGGAGCUCCUGGGCGUAAAGAAUUGUUUCCGUGAGAUGAACGUGAGUGUGAAGUUGCCGAUACAGAUGAUGGUGGACAACCAAGCUGCUAUCAAGCAGAUCUACAACGAAGCCACGUCAAGCGCACAGAAGCACGUCGACGUGAAAAUGAAGUUCAUACGCGACACGAGCUCCAAGAGUAUCGUAAAGCCCGGAUACAUCGCGACCAUCGAGAUGAUCGCGGAUCUAUUGACGAAAAGUGUCCCGGCGCCAAGAGGGGCCGACCUACAUGAGAUGAUGGGAUUGCGGUAA